UUAAGUAGAUAAAUUAAGAUUUUUAGUUGGAGUUUCAAUAUCAAACUCUCAAAAAUUAAUAGCAUGAAUAUACAGAGAAGUAGAAGGAUAUAGUAAGCCUGAAAAACACUAUGAACCAAUUCGGCAUAAUUAAGAUUUAUAUAAUUUUCACACAACGGUAGGAUACAAAUUCCAUUCAAGUUCCCAUAGACAAUAAACUGGGAGAUACUGGAACAUAUCCAGGGAUGGAAGACCACGUGUGUACUUUACUUCUAACCUAAUGCCAAGGCUGAUCUGACAGCAGGUACCAGUCCAUGCCCACAGGCUGGGGACCCUGUUUUACCUUAUGCCCUCGGAGAAAGGAAGAGGCCAGUCCGAUCAUUUCUUUUCACAAAGGCACAGGCAGACUCAACUAGAUCUGAGUAACUCAGGGAGUGUGUGAUGGAUAAUAAGAGCCCUGUGAGGUCCCUCUGGGAUUAUUGCUGGGAACCUUCCUGCUGGCGAUUGUAAAUUCUUGCCCGCUUUUUUAGGUUGUAGUUACACAGGAAGUACUAACAAAUAAACAAAAGAGAGCCGAGAAGGGCACCCCCUCGGAUGAUUGUUCAGACGGAGACCGCCCAAAUAGAAAACACACGCUGUUUCCCCUGGCCUGACGGAUUUGGCAAUCAGAGUUCAAGUUCACAGGACAGGGGCCGGGCCUCUGGCGGCAGGAACUGGAGUCGGAGGCUUCCCUACUUCUCGCUCCCGGAGGAGAACCCCAGGCAUGCCUUUCAGUGCCUCGGCCUCUGAACCGUCUCACUUGGGGAAAUCCAGCCGCAGCCCACGGUCACCGGUGCAGGAAUCCAGAUGCUGGCCAAAUACAGCAGCACGCGGGACAUGCUGGACGCUGAUGGAGACACCACGAUGAGCCUGCGUUCUCAAGCCUCCGCUACAUCCCAGCGGCCAGAACGUGGCCAUACAGAGCGCCGGCGUCCCUCUUCGGCUUGGCGCCCAGUGGCCCUGAUCCUGCUGACUCUCUCUUUGGGGCUGCUGAUUGGCCUGGCCGCGCUGGGGCUUGUGUUUUUUCAGUUAUACCAGCUCUCCAAUACUCAGCAAGACAGCAUUUUGCAAAAGGAGGAAAGAUUGGGGAAUCUCUCCCGACAGCUGCAAUCUCUUCGAACCCAAAACAGGAAACUUGCAGAAACUCUGCAUCACGUGGCUGAGAAACUCUGUCGUGAGCUCUAUAACAAAACUGGAGAACACAGAUGUAGCCCUUGCCCAGAAAAAUGGAAAUGGCAUGGGGACAAAUGCUACCAAUUCUAUAAAGAAAGUAAGAGUUGGCAGGGCUGUGAAUAUUUCUGCAUUGCUGAGAACUCGACUAUGCUGAAGAUAAACACACAGGAAGUGCUGGAGUUUGCCAUGCCUCACAGCUACUCUGAGUUUUUCUACUCUUAUUGGACAGGGCUAUCCCGAAAUGGCAGCGGCAAGGCCUGGCUGUGGAUGGACGGAACCCCUUACUCCUCCAAACUGUUUGAGGUUAUGAUAGAUUUGACCAACCUGAGAAGCAGGGACUGUGUGACCAUCCUCAAUGGGAAGGCUUUUUCCAAGGACUGCAGAGAGCUGAGACGAUGCGCCUGUGAAAAAGCUGCAGCCAUGGUGAAGGUGCAGAGUCUCCAUGAGCCUCUGAGCCAGAGGUGGAGGUGAAUGGUUCUCCAGCUACAACUGCAACUGCAGGCCCCCUUCAGAGAGCUGGAAGCUUCUGCUCUGCAGAACACAACUCUAGACUGUAUAUGCACCUGGCCUAGUGUGGGUCCAGUUCCUAUUUCUGUCCAUUUAGUCCCUGUUAUAUAAAGAAAGCUGAGCGCUGAA